AUGGCUAUUAUUGCAACCCCCUUUUUUUUUCUUUCUAAAAUACUGAAACUGAAAUCGCGUCUCGAAGAAGCAACAAGGAACGUUGGCCCCGGUCUGGGUUACGCUGUGGUUUGGGUAAGUGGUGUCGACUACUGCUUAUUGUCGUCAGUUGCUGUUAAUUACCUUAAGCGAUCAUUUCUUCUUGUUAGGGUAGUCGAUUACCUAGUUCACAAGUGCCUUUGUACCUGUGGGGUGUGGCGCACCUCCUAUGCUCCUGCCAUACCUGAUGACGUGUAUAUCAGGCUAGUGAAACUUGUAACUGAUGAUGUGCCUGGCGUGGACCUGAAUGAUCCGAAUUCGAGGAUUUUUACCUUUCGCCCCUUCUACUUCUCAUUGGGCUUCAUGUCCAUGCUGUUAAAGUUCUUCAGGAUGGAGUUCUUUUACUUCUUCGCGGUGAGGCGCUACAAGAAGUAUGCUCAAGUUCAUGUAUGCAAUGCCAAGCUGUUUGACAGUUUCACUCAAGGAGAUCACUUGUGGCAUGCUAAUGUCUUGGAGGUGAGCAGAAAGUGGGAAGGUGAGGUAGGCGAUGGUCUACUUGUUCCCCUUACCCACUGCGAUGUCUUAUGGAAAGAAGAAUAUCAGCAAGAAGUUGGUUCUCGAACCAAACAUGGCUAA